UCCGCGCUAAAGUUAGGCUGACAUCCUUCAUCUCGCCAGGGACUCACUUUGCCUCUCGCCUCGCCAAGCAAAACAUACCCAACACAUCGUGUCGACCAUGCAAUUCACCCACCUUUUUGCAGUCUUGAGCUUGGCUGCUGUGGCCCGCGCCGACUGCGACAGUGACGUCACGACCGCGAACGCUGUCUUGUUCACUCAAGCGUGCAUGAACGACCUGCAAGGUGGCGAUCGGCUGUCGUACGCCACCGUCUUUGAAGAUUACCGAAGCAACGCCAACACCAUCUACAAGUAUGGGCUGUGCGGGUCCACGACGUGCAAGGAUGAAGUCGCCGCGUCCAACUACCCGACAUGCGCCGUCACUAGUGCGACGAGCUACACGGCCGAGGUCGCGGGGCUAGCUACAGCCUGCGGGACAUUGGACACUGCUGUUGCCGCCAACGGUGGCACGUGCACCGAAGCUCAAAUCGCCGACAACAUUUGGGCGAAGCAUGUCGUAGUUCUCGACUCGGCUUGCGCGACAGGGAUCAGCGCGACGGCGGGCAGUUCGUGGUACACUGUGUUCCAGACUCUGGACACCGCGACGCCCAGUACUCUCACCGACUACUGUGCGACUUCGGCCUGCGUGGACCUUGCCACGACCACGAAAGCGAAGCUGGCGAGCUGCACGGACGGAACGGACUCGAAUAAGGACCUCUACGCGGCCGUGGGGGACGUCAUCACGUAUUGCAACACACCGACAACCACCGCAGCUCCCACGACGACCGCCACCACCACCGCAGCUCCCACGACGACCGCCACCACCACCGCAGCCCCCACGACGACCGCCACGACCACCGUAGCUCCUGGGGCGACCACCACCACCGCAGCCCCCACGACGACUGCUACCACUACUGCAGCCCCCGCGGCCACCACGACUGUUGCGCCUACCACGACCACUGCUGCCCCCACCCCCACGCCUACCAAGUCGUCUGCGACCACCGUCGGCGCCACGGCCUUAGUGACGCUUGCGGUGGCCGUGAUGGCGCUCUAG